AUGGCGUCGUCGGAGAAAACGAAGAAGAAGGCGGAGGAGGAGUCGUCUUCGCAGAGCGGCAGCCAGAAGGAUCAGUUGGAGGGCGGGGCGAGCGGCGGAGUUCGCAUUCGGAAGAGGAAGAGAAAGUCGCGGAAGACGAGGGAGCACCGGGUAAGGAAAGGGGAAAAUUAGGUCGUGCCCCAACUUCCCAAACUUUUCCCUUUUCCAGUCCUCGAAAUCGCAAAAGAAAGGCGACGUGGUGCCGGCGGACAAGAGUUCUUCAAAAUCGGCGACGUCGAACAAUUCGGAAAGUUCGCAGUCCGAGUGGCUCAACGACAUUGCUCCCUCGGCGCCCGCACAGUCGCGCUGGUCGACGGUCCGCAAAUUCCUGGCCGACUACAAGUAUCCGAUCGUCGGAACGGUCCUUCUCGCCGGCGUUCUCGUCUUUUUCACGGUCCGCAAGACUCGAACCGCGCGCGGCGGCACAUGUCCGUUUACCGGAAAAAAGAGCGGAUGA